AGUGUGUCAGUAUGUUGGUGUGUUCGGCGUGUAUCUUCGACGACGCCGCUUCGAAUAGAGGCAGUUUGCGUCCGCGAGCUGAUCGAAACUGAUCGUGGUUAGACCGAGUACAGAAUUUUAAUAAAAUACGUUUCAGUGAAUAUAAUUAAGUAUCGAUAAACUUUCAUGAAGUAGUUUUAUUUUUGUUUCAUCAACAUCGCCAAUCUUUUCACAAUUUUGGAUGUUUUUAUAGAAAUUUGGACACCCAUUGAGGUACAAGAAAAUGCUUCUACGGUUGACAUUUCUUGGAUUGUUGGUAAUUACAUCAAUUACAACAGAAAAAGUUCUAGACGAUUUGGAAAAUCAAUGUCCUGAGAUAAAAGAAUGCCCGUUUAAUGCGGAUCCGUGCAUUGAUGAUCACGAUUGCAACCCAACAAGUUCUUGUUGCGAUAGUCCUUGUGGAAAAAUUUGCACCAAACAGCUUUAUACAGGAUGUCAAACAUUGAGACGAGCGGAAGCGAGACGAGCGAAAGCUUUAGGCGUCGACGAAAAGAAGGUCAGAAUGCCUAAAUGCGCUAAAGAUGGUGCUUUUGAACCGGUUCAAUGCAAUAACGAAAUCGUUAGUUCUUGUUGGUGUGUUGAUGAAGCCGGAUUUGAACUACCAGGAACUAGAGCUCCCGCUGCGGCUUUAGUUAAUUGCACUGCACCUAAAUUAUGUGCGGCUCAUACAUGCAGAAUGUUUUGUCCACACGGUUUUGCUUUAACAGAUGAAGGUUGUCCGUUAUGUAGAUGUCGAGAUCCUUGUGAAGAUAUAAAAUGUCCGGAUUCGUUGGCUUGUCAUUUAGAAGAUUUAACAUGUGCGGAUCCACCAUGUCCACCGAUACCGACGUGUAAAAGAGGUCGUAGUUUAGAAAAUAUAUGUCCCGUGGGCGAUCCGUUAAGAAUAAGCGAAACAGUUCGUCCAUUUUUAUGUGGAAAUGAUGCUAGUAAACCGAGUUGUCCUCCAUUGUACCAAUGUUUGGUUCAACCAGGAAAUGAAUACGGCGUGUGCUGCCCGGCUUCUUUACAAAUAAGAAAGACGGGCACGUGUCCGCUGAAGAACGAAGAAAGUUUAGAUUGCGGUACGAUGUGUACCCACGAUUUAGAAUGUCCUUCCAUCCAGAAAUGUUGCGAUUCCGAACAAUGCGGAACAUCUUGUGUACAUCCCAAAAACGCUACAGAAUGUUUUCAUCAAAAAUCUGUAUCGGAAUUAUUAACGAUUAAUGAAAAUUCUAAAGGAUACGUUCCACAAUGCACCGUUGAUGGACAAUUCGAACCAAAACAGUGUAGUAGAAAUGGAUUAGUUUGUUGGUGUGUUGAUAGAAUGGGACGAAAAUUAAGAGGAUCAAUGGGUCCAGCUGAUAUGGCUAAUUGUUCUUUAACAGAUGCUAGGAGUCAAUCGUUAGGAAGAAGCAUCAAUAACAAUGGUGUUCAAUGUGAACGACAUGAAUGUGCAGCAAUUUGCGAAUAUGGUUUCAAAUUAGAUGAAGAUGGUUGCCCAACUUGUAAAUGUGACGAUCCUUGUGAUGGAUACACAUGUCCUGAAGAUGAAGAAUGCGUAACUGUUAAAGACUCAACUUGCGCCGAUAUAUUUUGCCCUACUCUACCAUUCUGUCGACCCAAAGCCAUUUAUACAAAUCCAUGUUUAGAUGGAACACCAUUAACUGACGAAUCUAGCGGCGCACCAAUCGCUUGUGCUUUUGAAGAAGGUGAUGGAACUCUUUGUCCUGGUACACAUAAUUGUACCGCGGUACCAGGAUCAACCCAAGCAGUUUGUUGCCCGAUUGUAUCCCAUGAAAAUAUUCAAGAAGAUGUAGAAAGAGUCCAAACUAUGUGUUAUUAUUUACAUAGUUUUUCUGAAAGCAUGGAAGGAACGAGGGAUGGUAUGACCAUUGCGAUUCCUCCACCAUCUUGUGACAAAAACGGAAAUUUCUUGAUGACUCAAUGCCACGAUGGGUACUGCUGGUGCGUUGAUCAAUUUGGUACCGAAAUUCCUCGUACGAAAGGAUUUGGAAACGCAACAAGGAAUUGUGAAGAAUUAAGACGAACUUCCGAAUGCUUAGAUUUAACUUGUCGAAUGGGAUGCGACUAUGGGUUCAUUUUAGAAGAAGACACAGGAUGUCCUAGUUGCCAAUGUCGAGAUCCUUGCUCCAGCGUGAAUUGCGGCGAAAACGAACAAUGUCAAUUAGUCGAAGUUAGCUGCAAAGACCAUUAUUGCGCACCAGUUCCAGCUUGUCUCCCAAAAAAAGUGGGGCAAUGCCCGUAUAUAGUUCCCGCGACGUCUUCUUCUUGCGAAUUUGAGUGCAGUUCGGAUUUAGCUUGCAACGGAACUAUGAGAUGUUGUUCUAAUGGUUGUGGCACUCAAUGUACCGAACCGCUAUUAUUAACAGCUUGCCAACACGAAAAAUUAUUAGCCACACAUCACGCUCACGAAGCUGCAUUACCAGGAAACAUGUUCUACAUCCCAAGAUGCAAAGAAGAUGGAAGUUUCGAAUCAAAACAAUGUCACCCUCUAAAAAGACAGUGUUGGUGCGUCGAUUCACGAGGAUUCGAAAUCUCCCAAACACGAACAGACAUGAAACAACCACUAAAUUGCAACAAAACCGAAAAUUCUCGGUGUCCGUUAUACAAAUGCGCCGAAGAUUGUAAACACGGUUUCGAAAUUGAUCAAAAAGGAUGUCGUACUUGUAAAUGUUCAGACCCUUGCACUAAAAUUUCAUGUAGAGAAGAUGGGGAAAUUUGUAGAUUAGUUGACGUUGAAUGUGUUGAUGGACCAUGUCCUCCAAUAGCUAUGUGUCUUCCGAAAAAAGAAAAUCCAUGUCAAUAUGGAGAACCUUUAAGAUUAGGAAGUAGUGAUGAAACUAUAUCAUGCGGACCUGAUUUCGAAAGUUGCCCAUCUUCACAUAAAUGUCAAUUAAGUCCUUUUGGUGAAUAUGCAGUUUGUUGUCCAAAACCAAGAGAAGUUUGUUUUGAACCAAUGGAUAUGGGCCAAUGUGACAACGAAGAACAAAUUGAGAACAUCACCAGAUACUUUUUCAAUCGAAAAUCAAAUAAAUGCGACUCAUUCUUAUACAGUGGCUGUCAAGGAAAUCAAAACAAUUUUGAAUCUUUAAAACUGUGUAACAUAGUUUGUCCCAUUCUUAGUCAAUGCGAGCGAUUACGUGAAAAAAAUCAACGUCAAUCUGAACGAUACAAUAAACCAACUUUCACACCUCGAUGUGAAAAAUCUACUGGAAGAUGGGAACCAGUUCAAUGUUUAGAUCAUGUUGGUGUAUGCUGGUGUGUUAAUCCUCAAGGUGAAGCACUAAAAGGGACCGUUACACGAGGUGGUCAACCCGAAUGUAACUUUAGACAAGCUCGAAACAGGAUGAGAGAUCGAUCUGAUGUUAGUCACGAAGCUGAUAUUGCUUUGGAAGAGAUUAUGAUGCAAUUGAAUGAAUUCGAAGAUGAUUUUGAAGAGGAAGAUCAAACUGAAGAUGAUACUUUAGCAUGGGAGUUACCUUUAAGAUCAAGAUGUGAAGCUUUGGGGGCGUCUUGCGAUAGCAACGGACAAUUUUUGUCUAAUCAAUGCGAUGGGGAUAUGUGUUGGUGUGUAGAUGAAGCUGGAAAUCAAUUGCCAAAUACUGUUGCGUUCAAAAAAGGAGACCAACUUUGUUUACCAACACCAAUUGAAAGUGUCGAUAUUAUUCUUGGAUUUAGAGGCGAAUUCGAUGAUAUUACAGCCAUACCUGUAAUAAAUCAAAUAACAAAAAUCGUUAAAAAUUUAAGAGGAGUUCCAAGCGAUGAUGGAUUCCUUACCGAUAUAAACAAUGAUGGAUUGUAUAUUAAAUUUUCUUUGAUAGGAACUAACAAAGUCGACGUAGCUUAUCGAUUAGAACAAAUGGUUACUCAACAAAGAUUACCAGGAGUUUCUGCGGAUAUAACAAGAUCAAGAUUCGUACAUAAACUUGGAAACAUUGAACCUCUAAUGGCAGAAAGAAUUAUUUCGUUAGAACAUCGGGAAAUCGUAUCGCAAUCACCAGUUUCCUUGAUUGCUCAUUAUCACACAGCGUUGAUUGUUAUAGCAGCUGGAUCUGCUUUUAUAAUAUCCGUUCUAAUCUUAUUGGUUAUUCUUUAUAGAAAAAAAGUGGCAAAUUUAAAUACCGCCAAUUCGAAAAUUGUCGAAGACAAUCAAAGGUUUUUAUCACUUAACCGACCAAUUUAUAUCGAGCUACCAAAUGAAAAGCAAGGUCAAGAACAAAAUGUUUUAGAAAAUUCCCCUUCUUGACUGAACUAAGCCAAAAACUUUUCGGUGUUAAUCUGUAGUAUUUGUGAUUGUAUUGUGUUAUUUUGUAUAUGAAAUGCCUUAUCUUGUACAGAAAACCAUUGGAACGCGAACGCAUCACCAAUUUAGUAUUUAAGUUUAAUUUAUAUCUUAUUAUAAAGUAUAUUAUUGUUAGCUUUUAUGAUAAAUUAAUAAAAUAAAACAAUCAAGUAUUA